UCAGAUCAAACGUCAUUUGUGUAAAACUGGCAUUGCUGGUCUCCAGAGACAGACGUCAAAACAUUAGGAAACAUGGCGGCUCACUGUGAAUCCCUCGUGGAUCGCGUUUUGAAUGAAUUUAAUGCUGUAACAACAAAACCCGAGAGUUUUUUAAGUGUACAGACAGUUGCCAACACAAAAUUCAAGGCAAUCACUAAAGAUCUGUAUGAUUCUGUGAACCGGAAUUUCCCCUUGCAAGGACUUACACGUUCUCUUCCAGAGUUGUACAUAGAUGGAUUUGAUGAAGAACAAAUUUGGCAACAACUAGAACUCCAUAAUGAACCUUGCUUCAACAUCUUGGUCAAAAAUGUAGCCAAAUUGCUUUCAGGAAAAGACAAAAAACUCACAUUUUACAAAGUCGAAGUGCAAGCUACUGAAGUGGAAGAAGAAGAAGAAAACGAAAAGGGAAAGGAAGAGGAUAAAGACAGUGUUGCAAGUGAUUUGUCUUUUGAGCUUCCUGCUGAUAGUGACAAUGAUGAAAGUGAUCAUGACGAUGAUUCAGAUCUCGAUGAAACUGAUGACUUGAAAUUUGACGAGUACAAAAUGCUCGACGAAGAGCGCGAAGAAAGGCCAAAAAAGAAUAAAGAACAGUCAAUGGGAAAGAUCAGGAAAACCGAAGUAGAUGAUGAGUUCUUUAAAGUCGGAGAAAUGGAAAAGUUUCUUGAAAAAGAAGAGGCCGAAAAACCAUCAGUUGAUGAUGACGAUGCCGAGUCAAUUGACUACUUUGAAGAUGUCUUAUCAGAUGAUGAGGAAAAUGAUGCCGCCAUCAGAGCCAAAUACAAAGAUUUUUUUAGAGGUUCCAUUCCAGUUGGAGAUCGAAAAAGCACCUCCAAACCUGAUGGUGAAGAUGACGGAGAGAAUAGCGAAGAUGACGAAGAAAUCGAGGACGAGGAGCAGGACGAUGAUGAUGCUGAACCAAAAGAAAAACGUGUCAAAUUCGACCUAAAUGGCUCAGAAUCGGAAGAAAGCGGGUCUGAGAUGUCUGUCCGUAAUUUCACGAAAUCAGACGUGAAGUCUAGUUACGAGCUUAGGCAGGAAAGGUUAAAAGCUAAAAUCAAAGAAAUGGAAGACGAAGCCGUGGCGCCUAAGCCGUGGCAGCUUAUGGGUGAAACGAAAGCAGAGCUUAGACCCGACAAUGCUCUUCUCGAGGAAGAUCUCUUUUUCGAUCAUACUACUCGACAAGCUCCUGUCAUUACGGAAGAAACAACAAAGACCUUAGAGGACCUUAUCCGCCAACGCAUCAAAGAUCAAGCUUUUGACGAUGUUGAACGCAAAAUUAAACCGGUCUACGACCCCACGGAAUUCAAAAAGAAGCUUGUGCUGGAUCAAGAAAAGAGCAAGUUUAGCCUUGCCGAAAUUUACGAACAGGAAUUUCUGAAGCAACAGGAAAUCCAGAAGUUGGAGGCUAAAUCCAGCAGUCUGGCCGAUGCUGCAAACGAUGAACCGUCUGAUGACCAAAACCGGGCCGCACUUCGAAAAAGGAUGGCAAACGUGUUUGCUAAACUCGAUGCCCUAUGCAAUUUCAACUAUACCCCGCGAGCGGCCGCACCCGAUGUGAAAAUUAUCAAUAACAUGCCGUCAAUCGUCAUGGAAGAGAUUGCACCCGUCACAGUCAGUGAUGCAAAUCUAUUGGCGCCACAGGAAGUUCAAGACCCCACGAGAGGCGUGUUGAAGGGCAAAACCGAAAAAGAAAAAACAGACUUAUUACGUGAACGGCGGAAGAAGAAAAGCGAGCAACGGGUGCGGCACAAGGAACGAGAACGAGCCGAGAAGGCCGUCGACAAGGCCAAUCCAGGGCUGGGCAAUAAGCACGCCAAAGUCCGCGUCCUACAGAACCUACAAAAGGCGGAGAAGGAGGGUACCGUUUCAUUGAUCAAGGAGAACAGAAUGAAAGCUCCGAAAUCUUCUACGGCCUUCUUCAAGCAACUACAAGAGGACGUCUCAGCAAGUGUGGACGCGGUUAGACAAAGCAAACAGAAAUCAAGUUUGAAAAACAAACGCACCUCUGGUUCUCAAUUCAAACUUUAAAAACAAACACGUGAAACAUAUACAAACGAAAAAGGCGACAUAAAACUCUUUCCAACUUAAAAACA